AUGGGGCAGCCCGACGAGCUCGUUGGCAGGUGGUCCUGCAUCCUCACAAAAGACCUUUCUGGACAAGGAGUCACAGAAAGCAAAAGAGACCUUAUUAAAUUCUGUAAAAACUGGUGGCCUUUAUACAAACUGGAUGAGGGAGCGAAGUGGCCACCCGGUGGAACUUUGGACUAUGACACACUAUUACAGCUCAUGCUGUUUCUCAGGAGAGAAGGGAAGUGGACAGAGGUAGCAUAUGCAGAUAUGUUUUUCUCUCUCAGAAACCACCCCAAAUGGCAGAGGGAUUGUGGGCUCAGGGCUCCAUCUGACCCUCUGGUAUUGGCCUUAGAAAAGGAGAAUAAGACUAAGAGAGGAAAACUUAAGCGGUGUUGUUCAGCGUGUAGCAUAGGACAAAGAUGCACAAAAUCUGAAAAGGUUUACCAGACUGUGGCCCAGGAACAAGAUCUGGCAGAUGAUUUGCUCAGGUCUCCCCACAUAAGACAGGGAGGGGAUGAGGAUGAGGAUGCAGACUCAGAGGCACCAACAGCCCCAGUCCAUUCGUCCCCUCCAAUCGCACACCGGACUAGACAACAGAAACCCAUAAUACAGGCACCUCUGCGAGAGGCAGUGGGACCAGAGGGAGAAAGGAUAUUGGUUAAAUCUCCCUUCUCCUCAAUUGACUUGGAGGCAUGGGAAAAGGUUGCUAAAAAUUACCGAAGUGAUCCAGUUAACACUGCUAACCGUCUGCGAUAUAUAAUAAAACAACAUAAUCCAGAUUGGAAUGAUAUACAGUUAUUAUUGGAUGCACUGACUGAGACAGAAAGACAAUUAAUUAUAAAAACGGCAGGGGAUUUGGCAGAAGAUUUUUAUAGAAUCCAACAAUUGGAUGUUAAAGAGUAUUUCCCACUCCAAAAUCCACAGUGGGACCCAAACAGAUCAGCAGAAUUGAAAAAGUUGGAAAGCUAUCGGGAGUGGAUUGCAAAGGGGAUGGAAAAGGCCAUUCCCAAAACUAUAAAUUGGUCAGCAUUGUAUGAAAUUAAGCAAAGGCCCUCUGAGUCACCAACCGAAUUCCUCGAUCGAUUAAGGGAUGCAAUGCGCCGCCAUACACCACUGGAUCCUGGGUCUGACAUAGGGAUACAGCAGCUAGUCAGUUUAUUCCUGGGGCAAUCUACAGGUGACAUAAGGCAUAAACUUCAAAAGAUACGGGGGGCAGAAGGGAGGAAUUUAGAGACUCUGGUGGAUGAGGCAUGGAGAGUUUUUAGUAACAGAGAAGAAGGAAAGAGGGGGCUGGUAGCUGUUGUAAGUGAGAGGGAGAGAGGAAGACGUGGACGGGGACCACCUAGACAAGGCCCAUCCCGGCUGGGCAGAGACCAGUGUGCGAUCUAUAAGAAAUAUGGCCACUGGAAAGAUAAGUGCCCAGAACGAAGACGUGGUGGCCCUCAGGAAAAGGGAAAAAUAAUUGCACAUGUGAAUGAAGACUGAGGAGGACCGGUAGAUCGCACCCCAGGAGAUCCACUGGUUAUAAAAUUCAAGCUGGGGGAAAAAGGGAGAGAGGUGGAAUUUCCGGUUGACACAGGGGCAACAUAUUCAGCUUUAAAUAAAACUUUGACACCUGUGGGAGAGGAUUAUGCUACGGUGAUAGGAGCAACUGGCCAACCUGAAAAAGCAUAUUUUUGUAAACCAUUAAAAUAUAGGCUUGGAAAGCA